GCCCCGCGGGGCGCCGGCGCCGGCCGGGACUCACCGAGCUGCCGCAGCUCCUCCAGGUACUGCUUGGCCAAGCGCAGCUUCUUCUCCUGCGGCGUCUCCUCCACCUCCUCCUCCGCCGCCUCUCGCCGCCGCCGCCCCAACAACGGGCUGCAGAGACACGCGUGCGUGAGCAUCGGUACCGGCACCCCACAGGGUGCCGGCCCCGCAAGCCACUGCUGAGGGGAUGGUGCUGGUGCUGGCACUGUGGGCCUGCCUGGCACUGGGCACAGCCAGUGAGGAGAGCCCGGCCCCCGAGCCCCUGGCAGGCGGCCAGCCCUUUGCCGUGGUGUGGAACGUCCCCACCGGCCGCUGCCAGCACCGCUUCGGCGUGGGGCUGCCCCUCAGCGACUACGGCAUCGUGGAGAACCAGGGUGGCCACUUUGCUGGCCAGAACAUCACCAUCUUCUACAAGAACAAGUUUGGGCUGUACCCCUACCUGUCACAGCAGGGUGUCCCCCAUAAUGGGGGCAUCCCCCAGCGUGUCUCCCUCGAAGCCCACAUCAACAGGGUGGCUGAGGACAUCCACCUCCUCCUGCAACCUGCUUUCCAUGGCUUGGCUGUGGUGGACUGGGAGGAGUGGAGGCCCCUGUGGGCCCAAAACUGGGGGGCCAAAAAGGUGUACCGGACAGCCUCAGAGCAGUGGGUGCAGGAGCAGCACGGCAUCCUGCCAGCACAGCAGCGGCUCCGACUGGCCCAGCUGGAGUUCGAGCAGGCAGCACAGGCUCUAAUGGAGGAGACACUUCUGGUGGGCCGGGCCCUGCGCCCUGGGGGGCUCUGGGGUUUCUACCGCUUUCCCGACUGCCUCAACAGCAACUGGGCCAAGGAGGCCAACUACACCGGGCAGUGCCAGCCGGCAGAGGUGCGGCGUAACAACCAUCUGGGCUGGCUCUGGGCCGCCUCCUCUGCCCUCUACCCCAGCAUCUACCUGCCGCUGGCGCUGCCGCCCGCCCUGCGCCAGCGCUACGUGCACCACCGGCUGCGCGAGGCCCUGCGCGUGGCCGCCCGCGGGCCCGGCGGCCUGCUGCCCGUGAUCGCCUACUCCCGCCUCUCCUUCCGCCGCUCGUCCCGCUUUCUGCCGCUGGCUGACCUGGUGCACACCAUCGGGGAGAGCGCGGCGCUGGGAGCGGCUGGGCUCGUGCUCUGGGGUGACAUGCUGUACUCCCGCUCGGCUGAAAGCUGUGCCAGCCUGCGCCACUACCUCGUGUCCACCCUGGGUCCCUACGUGGCCAACGUCACAGCAGCAGCCCGAGAAUGCAGCUAUGGACAGUGCCAUGGACACGGGCGCUGCGUGCGUCGCCACCCCCAUGACCUGGGCAGCCUCCUGCACCUCGGCCCCAAUGCCGGCCCCUGGGCUGCUUUCCGCUGCCACUGCUACCGUGGCUGGGCAGGUGAAGGCUGUGCCCAGCGGGUACAGCUCAGCCCUGCCACCUCCUGCCAGGUACCCACCCACACUCAUGGCCUCUAUGGGCACAAGGAUCUCACAUCCUCUGACACCUGCCUGCCACAGGGUACGUGGGGCUGGUGACAAAAGCUGGGGACCGUCACGGUCCCCUACCCCAGCAGUGCUGCUGCUGGCACUUCCUAUGGUCUCAUUAACCUAAUAAAUUCUCCUGGCACA